UAUAUAAAUCUCACAAUGGCUAAACCAAAACCGGAAGACGCUUCUGAAGAUGCGAAAAAAAUUGUGGACGAUGCUAAAAAUUUUAUCGAAAAGGCCGUUGCUGAUAUUGGGAAGACUUCUGCGACAAAACAGCUAAUUUUAGGAACUGCGUCAGGGUGGAUAACGGGUUUUAUAACAAUGAAGAUUGGCAAAGUUGCAGCUGUUGGUCUAGGUGGCGGAGUUAUACUGUUGCACAUUGCUAGCCAGAAGGGCUAUAUUGACAUCAACUGGGAUAAAAUCAAUAAGAGGGUUGAUAAAAUCAGUGACAAAAUUGAGAAAGAGACUACUGGCAAAUCUGCAGAUUGGUUUGAAAAAGUAGAGCGAUUUGUGGACCGUAAAUUAGAUAAAGCCGAAGAUUUACUCAAGAAAAAAGAAGCUAAAGCUAAGAGCUGGUAUUACAACAUCACUGGGGAUGAAAGUUACCACGCUACUGAAACUCAUGUAUUCUUGGCCUCAUUCUUUGCAGGAAUGGCAAUUGGUCUUCUCUGUGGAAAAUAAGCUACCUUCUCUCAAACAUUGCCUCUAAUAUUUCCUUUGUAUAAAUGAAUAGGCUUAGGAUUAAUUUUUUGUUUGUACUUUUAUGUAUAGUAUUCACAUCAUAGUUCUUUUAAAAUGUUAGGUUUAUAUUAUUUCUUAAUUAUUAUGAAUAUUGAAAAAAAAUUGCUGGAAAAUACAUGUAUAACUAGAAGAGUAGUAGUUACUUAUUGUAUGGCAGGCUU